GAGAGCAGUGAAGACAUGGAGGUGGCCAGCAAAAAACCCUCUCUCCCUUUAUUGCUAGUGAUGCUGAUCAGCCUCUCUCCAGAUAUCCUGGUUGCACAAGCACCGACACCCCUCCGCCAGGUGAAUGGGAUUCUGGGAGGAUCAGUCGUGCUGUCUGUGGAUCUGUCCCCCGGGAGAAAGGUGAAAGAAAUCGAAUGGAGCUUUCGUGCUGGGACAGGUGUGACGAUUCAGCUGGCUGAGUUCAGUGGGGGGAAGUUUGAGCGACCCGAUCCCAAGGACAGAUUUAAGCAGAGGCUAGAAAGGUACAACGAGACCUCGCUGAGGAUCAGGGCUCUGGAGCUGGGCGAUCGCGGAGUUUAUGAGGCCCGGAUUAAGAUAGUACCAGCAACUGUGGAGGAACAGGCCUUUCUCCUCGCGGUCUAUCAGCCAGUGCCACAGCCCCAGAUCCGGAGUCAUCUGCUCGCCAGCACGCUGGAGGGCUGCAACGUCACGCUGCAGUGCCAGGGCUCGGGGAAGGGAAAUGUGAGCAUCUCCUGGGGGAGAGGCAACCCGGUCCAAGAGCUGGAUCCCGGUCGGCACCAGCUCUCCCCUGAUGGCAGGAUACUCCAGCUGUCUCUGCAGCCCAGCUCCCUGAACGCCACCUACACCUGCACGGUCAGCAACCCUGUGGAUCAGAAGAUCGUCGCCUUCGACCUGCAGAGCAUCUGCCGCAGUGGAGAUGCAGACGCGUCCUUCUCGAAGCCGGGGUACAUUGUGCUGACUUUCUUCCUGUUAGUGCUAAGCCUUGGGACUGCCGUCUGGUGUUGGCGGAUGAACAACGAGAAGUCGGCUGACCCGGCUGCCACCCCCACGGGCCCCGUGGAAGAAAGUCCGUCCGACCCGCAGUACGCUGAGAUCAUGAGGAGUCCCCCUGAAGGAAAUGACCAGGCCCUACGUCACCUGGAAAAUAACACGGAGCGGAGCCCACAGAAAGAGCCUCUAAUCACCACCAUCUAUGACAAGCUCCAAAGGACUCCCGAGAAUACAUCCGAGGAGGUCACAUAGGCCCCCAGGAACCAGACGUGGUGGCGUAUCAGAGCUUACCAAGGGCUUUGAAGUGCAAUGUGUGCCCCACUCAAACUCUGUAGCCGAACGGUCUCCGUUCCACCCACGAACCCGAAUGGAAGAAGACACCUUCUCCAGCUCUGGAGCCUGCCUCGUGACGCUUCCCCACCCCACCCCUGUUUCGGAACCUCGUGUGUGAAGCCCUCAGCAACUGUUUUGGGAAGGAGGAACCCGAGUGAAGGCGGAGGAGCGGACUCUGGGAGGGAACAGGACAUGCAGCGCUGGCGCCUGCGAAAGCAAAGGGCCGUGCGGGCUAAGGCGACAUCUGCCCUUUCGCCGCGGGCCGGGGGAGAACACAGCACGGCUCGCCCCCCCUGCGGGAGGACAUUAGCCAACCGGAUGGAGCCCGUCUUUCCAUGGUUGGUGCGCUGUCCUCCAGCAGGAGCAGCGUCUCGUCACCAACCGCGGAGCAGGAGGGUGGCGAGAGGCAACGCGCCCCGGUGCAGAAUGUCCCGCGCCGAGAAGGAAACACUCACGUCUGAGCCUGGCCCGCUAGCUGCGUGACUGAAGAAGCAACGUUGGAAAAUGGGCUCCCCGGGGAUGGAGGCACCGUUCUGGCUGCGUGAUGCGGCAGGGCCGUGGGCGGGGAGGGACUUGGAUGCACCAUGUAUUUAUUUAUCUAUUAUUCCGUUUGAUAAUGCUAGCGCCCUGCAGGGUCGAUGUACAUGUGACUGAGACAUCGGAUCCGGGGGCCUGUUCUCUUUGUGAUCGUUGGAGGAAGGGAAGUUUUCUGAAGUAGAAAUAGGAGCAGAUGGUGCUGUGGCUUGGGGGGAGGGGAACUACAGGCGGAGGAGAGGAAGAUAGGAGUGUGUCUGAUUUACAGUUGGUUGGCUGACUGAGGGUACUGGGGAUUCACUGAUCGGUAGAAAUUGGCUGAGUAAACGGCAGUCAGAUUGCGGUUUGCCGCAGAACAGUCUGGAUCCCGUUGGAGAAAUAAAAGUAAAAUCUCCCCGCGUGCCGAAUCCCGCAAGGCGGAAAGGCGCAGGGGCAAAGCUACACGUGGCUGGCAGAAAAGCAGCACAGAAUAUCCCGCUCGCAGCAGGCUCUUCCCAGGGCUAAUCUGGUUGGGACCUGGGGGGAGGUGUUGAGGAAGAUCCAGGGAGCUGAGGGUGACUUGGCAGAAGCGAGAUUAAUGAGGGACAAACUGACCAGGUUAAAGACUCGGGGCUAGAUUCUGCCGCUGGGCUCACUAGGAUUGCUUGGAGCAAAGUGCCACUGAAAGUGAGCCAGGGUGGCAGAACCUGGCCGUGGGGAAGGCCCUGAAGCUCGUGCGGCAGGGCGGAGCUGAGCCCCGUCAGGUGCAACCUCAAGAAGGAAUCGGAGUCGGGAGUCUGGUUCCAGCCUUACCUGCCCCCCAGAGCAAUAAGUUACUGCAGUCCCUGAAAGGGAGCAUGUCCCCUCUUGCUUAUAGGGGUAACGUCUAGGGAGGGGCGACCCGAGAUCUGGAAGGUCUUACACUCUUCCCCCUUUCGCCCCUGCUUGGCCAAGGAAGAGAAGGACACAGUCCAGCAGCAGGGAAUUACCGGGAAGGACAAUGAGUGUGUCUCAGAUUGGCCCGAAGAUGCUCACACGGUGGUGGUUCCCUGUAGAGGUGAAUGGCAGAGGAGUGGGGGUUCAUGAGGGUAGCUAGCCCCAAGGUGUUCUGUUACUGGGAGCCUGGUCUUGCUGUUACUACAUCAAAGGGCUAAUUGCGAUUAGACAUCUGUGUGCCGAGUACCACCCCCCUGCUGUUUAUAGCACUCACACCAUGGAAACCCUCUCCCAGAGCUGCCAAGCAACCCUCAGACGUGAAAGGACCCGGCAGACCAGCACAAAAUGGUCCUGUGUUCUGGGAAAGUUCCCCUUUAAGUUCAGAGAAGCUCUUCAGAGGGGAAAUCAUCAAAACCCCCAAAAUCAAAAAUUUCAGGGGCCGGGGGGAGGAAAAGAAAAUUUGCUGCCGGAUUUGGUUGGGCAGCUGUGAUCAGGAUUGUUCUGCUCUCUAGCGACACAUGCAAGAGAGGGAGAGGCGUUGGGCGGCACGCGCUGAUCCCGGACCCACCUCCCACGCAGUAACUGGGAAAAGCUCUGGUGGGGGAAGGCAGCAGGGGUCUAGUGCUUGGAGGAUCUCCAUGCUUCCUUCCUCCUGUCUCUCCUGUCUAUUGACACUGGGGGGUUCGCAGGGGAUGGACUGUCUCUGUGUCUAGCAGAGCCUAGGCCCUCAUCUCAGUGGGCAACUCCAGGCCUUCUUGUAAAAUAACUCAGAACGGAGCAGGGGCCUCUCCUGUGAAACCCAACGGUGGUGUGUGUGUGUGGAGAAGUAGCCCCCUCCGCUGAAGUGUUUCCAAGCCUGCUUUUACCCUGGCUUCAGUCCCCGGUUAGAUUAGUCUGUCCAGUAAAGCAUCGGAUGA